GUCCCGGUGUGUGCAGGGGAGCUCCUAGCCAGCGGUCCGCAGGGCUGGAGACCCACGCCGUGGAGAGGACCAGCCUCAGGUGGCCCCGCCUGGGCCCGCGCCCCGACCUCGCUGCCCCCGCCUAGCCUCUCUGCCGGUAGCGCAGACCGCCGCCUUGGCCUCGGGGGUAGGGCAUGGGCGGCCCCCGCCAGAUCGCCCGGCGCCUGUACUAACUGACCUGGCUCUGGCCUUCGAGCCUGAAGCCUCUUCUGCGCUCACAACGUAGGCAGUAAUCCUGAAACCAGCGGGCACCACAGACCAGCUGCAGCCACCCCAACCCAGGGAUCACUUCCGGACCCCUCGACCGCCCGGCACCAGCGCGCAUGGUACCCUUCAGCCGGCGACCAGAGUCCAGUCCCAGUCGCGAGGCCACCGCCGCUGCCCGCCUCGAGCUGCACCACGCGGGCUAAGCCGUCGGCGAGCGGGUCACUCCCGAGCUUCUGUCUGCACCGCGCCAGACCCAGACGACGGACGCCGAGCCUCCAGCGCGCGCCAGCCUGGGCCGCCUCUCCGGGCCAGCCUGUGAGGAUCCCCUGAGCUCUCCGCAGAGGGGCCGAGCGUCGGUUCCGGGGACCCCAGGCCCGCCCCCGCCCCCGCCCCCCGACAGCUGCAGGGAUCCAGAGCCCGGGGGUGCGGGACGGCCGCGCCAUGACGGCCGAGAGCGGGCCGCCGCCGCCGCAGCCGGAGGUGCUGGCUGCCGUGAAGGAAGAGCGCGGCCAGACGGCGGCAGGGGCCGGGGUCCCAGGGGAGGCCGCGGGCCGCGGGGCGGGCGGGCGGCGCCGCAAGCGCCCCCUGCAGCGCGGGAAGCCGCCCUACAGCUACAUUGCGCUCAUUGCCAUGGCCAUCGCGCACGCGCCCGAGCGCCGCCUCACGCUGGGCGGCAUCUACAAGUUCAUCACCGAGCGCUUCCCCUUCUACCGCGACAACCCCAAAAAGUGGCAGAACAGCAUCCGCCACAACCUCACGCUCAACGACUGCUUCCUCAAGAUCCCGCGCGAGGCCGGUCGCCCGGGUAAGGGCAACUACUGGGCGCUCGACCCCAACGCGGAGGACAUGUUCGAGAGCGGCAGCUUCCUGCGCCGCCGCAAGCGCUUCAAGCGCUCGGACCUCUCCACCUACCCGGCCUACAUGCACGACGCGGCGGCCGCCGCAGCAGCCGCCGCCGCUGCCGCCGCCGCCGCCAUCUUCCCGGGCGCGGUGCCCGCCGCGCGCCCGCCCUACCCGGGCGCCGUCUAUGCGGGCUACGCACCACCGUCGCUGGCGGCGCCGCCUCCAGUCUACUACCCCGCGGCGUCGCCCGGCCCUUGCCGCGUCUUCGGCCUGGUUCCUGAGCGGCCGCUCAGUCCGGAGCUGGGGCCCGCACCGUCGGGGUCCGGCGGCUCUUGCGCCUUUGCCUCCGCCGGGGCCCCUGCUACCACCACCGGCUACCAGCCCGCCGGCUGCACCGGAGCCCGGCCGGCCAACCCCUCGGCCUAUGCGGCUGCCUACGCGGGCCCCGACGGCGCGUACCCGCAGGGCGCCGGCAGUACGAUCUUUGCCGCUGCUGGCCGCCUGGCGGGACCCGCUUCACCCCCCGCGGGCGGCAGCAGUGGCGGCGUGGAAACCGCGGUGGACUUCUACGGGCGCACGUCGCCCGGCCAGUUCGGAGCGCUGGCGCCGUGCUACAACCCUGGAGGGCAGCUAGGAGGGGCCAGUGCAGGCGCCUACCAUGCUCGCCAUGCUGCCGCCUAUGCCGGUGGCAUAGAUCGGUUCGUGUCUGCCAUGUGAGCCGAGCGUAGAAAUGAAAACUCAAGACACGUCGGCUGUUCACACAUUCCCCACAACCUGAGAACAGGAAUGGAGAGAGGACUCAAUUGGGACCCACGUGGAAAAGACUGAGCAGGCCACAGAGGCUCGGGUCUCCCAGCGCACAGCGUAGGCACCCGGUGUACUCUGUAAAUGGAAGGAGGUGGGGCGAGGCAGCCAGAGCCCUUGGACUGGCACAGGGACCCUCGAUGGAGCGAAGCCCCCAAAGGGGAUGCUUUCUGGCAUUCCAUCGGAGAGAGUGCUUGGCGGUAACCAGAGGGCAGCGUAGUGUCAACACCAGAGACCAGGAUCCAAAUUGUGGGGAAUCAGUUUCUGCCUUCCAUGCUGCCGGAAUGCAGUGCUGCCGGAAACUCAGGCCUUUUCACGCGGUUCAGCCUCUAGUGCUUUUAACUGCGUUACUACAAUAAAAGGCUCCGGCAGCCAGCGCCUUUCUUCUUAAAGGGAGGACAAAUUUGCAAAAGAAGUAGCCUUCUUCUUUUUUAAAUGGGAGAAAUCUCUGCUCUGGUUGACCUGGGCUGGUUUUCCCUGUCUCUGAGAACUUGAGAGCUAGCUCCGAGUUGAACUGUGUCUCAGCGCUCCAGUCCCAUCACCUGAACCUUCAGUCUCCCCCAUCUGUUACACGAGAGGGCUACAGGACUCUACCCACCGCUCCCGGGUUGUCAUUCAGGGCCCCAUCAUCUUGGAUGCUGCCCUGUGUAUUUGGCAGCAAUGGUGGACCACCCAGGGCCUCUGAGUAACCACCCAAAGCUUAGCCGCUGUUCUAGGGAACAGAAAAGAGCUCAUGGCCAAGUAUCUAACCUAAAGUCCCAGGAUUGGCUCCGGGCAGCAAUUAUAUCAUAACCUAUUGAACUUUUGAGCAGGUUGUGCUGGCAAUUUCAUAGCUGUUACUGCCCAGUCAUAAAUCUGGUUUUCCAUUAUAAGGCAGCUAGAAAUACAUUCGUUCAUUUGUCCACUGUUUCUUGUCAUCACGCAGCCCUGGACCCAAUGGGUGAACUAAAGUUUAAGGCGAUGAGAGGACUCAGGGAGCCCACUGGUGACACCUUUCAGUAGCUGGGGAGGGCUCUUCCAUCCUCAACACCCCCUGCUACACCUCAGCAGCCUCCCCAUGCAAAAAGAAAACAGAAAAAUUAAGUUGGGGCAGUCAGUAAAGCGAGCUUUAGAAAGAAACUGGAAUUUUAACUUCAUUUUGUAUCUUGUUUAAGUAGCAGGCUCACUAAAAUCAGAGAAAGUCCAAUAACUCUCCCCCUUUCCCUUGAGAAAUCUUUAAGUUUCGAUUCUGGAGCAAAAAUUUUCAACAUUAAAUAUUUCAGAGGCUCCAUUCACAGCUUUCAGAUAAACUGGACUGUUCAGAUGGAUUGUUUUAAUAAAAAUGUUUGAGCAAGUGAGUUCUAGCAAGAGAAACUCAGCCUCUUUCUGUAUAAACUUAAUAAGGAAGGGUCGGGGUGUGAAAAAGAAGAUUGUAUGAAAAACAUUGGUAAUUUUUAUUUUUUAAUUUUGGGACUGCACUAUCCUGUUCAUGAAGACAUGUGAACUUGGUUCAGUCCAAAUGGGGAUUUGUAUAAAUCAGUGAUCUCCAUUAGAAAUACGGUGCAAGCCACAUAUGUAAUUUUAAAUUUUCUAGUAGCCACAUUAAUAAAGCAAAAAGAAACA